AAACGAGUACAAAAAAUUCCAACAAAAGGGAGGAUCCAGUUUUUACAUAUUUUGUUAAAUGAUGUAAUUUUACUUUUUUGUUACUUAACUGCAACGUUUAGGUUUAUUCUUUCUUUUUUCUUUUUUUCUUUUAAGCUAGAUCCUGUAUACAAUCAUGGUUAGAAGAGCGAAUUGGGUUGUAAAGUUCUUAAGUCAUACACCAGGAUUGGACUUAUUAUCUGAAUGUAUAGAUUUGUUUGUGUCUUUAUUUUCAAAAUGAUUUACUCUAUAUAAUUUACAAACCUUUAGCUAGACUAGGCACUAAAAGGCACAUUUUUAUAUUAUGUAAAAUUAUUAUAAUAUAUUUUUUGUUUAGUUUAGAUACCUUUGUCAUACAUUGCUUUUAGCUGCUUUAUACCAUAUUUUCUUUUUCCAUAUUUCCCCACGACUUAAUAAUGAAUUUUUUGGAAUUAAGCUCAAGUCCAAUUGGAGCAGGACUUGGUCUGUUGUUCCUGGUUGGAUAAAUGACUUGAAAAGCGUCACUUUGCUGGGCUUAGUUUUUUAUAAUGACAGCACUUAUAUGUGGUCCAUGUUCUGGGUCAUUUCAUUGUGAAGUCUGCCAGUGACCGAGACAGUCCGCAGCCUUUAUGUUGUAUUUGUCCUUUUUAUUGUGGGGGAGAUUCCAUUUUUUUACACCCAUCAACUUUAAAUGUUCUUUUCAAUUUUAUUUCCCUAAAUAAGAAUAGAAAUAAGAUGAAACCACUAAGAGUCGAUCUCUGGUGUUGGGAGAUCUGAUUAAUAAGCGACUGAGUGAUGAAACAGUUACAGUAGUGUGGAGUCUGACAAAAUAUAAUUGGCUAAUAAACAGUUCACGGACACUACAGUAGAAUCCAUAUUUUAACACCUGAGCUUCAAAUCAACUUGCUCUGUUUCACAGACCAGUGACUGUCAGUGCAUCUAAAACCCUUUAACAGACCUUGACGUCCAAUGUUAACCAGCUGUGAAUGUCAUAAUGGUUACAGGUUUUCUCAUACUCCACCUUCAUGGAUGAAGUGCUGACUAAUCAAAGCGGUGAUGGAGGAAAUAGGAAGGAUUUCAGUCACAGCCCUGUGUUACCAAAGAUUAGUGGGAGGACACAGGGAGACGCUGGGAGGGACUGGACUGUCUCUGUGGGGAGGAGACGAAGAGAGACGGAGCACAUCUAAAUGAAUGUGCUUUAAAGCAGUCUGACCAACUACAAACAUGUACGGCUUCAUCAACAGCUGCCUACAGUCUCUGGUGCUGGAGAAGUUUGGUGAAGAAACGUGGAAAAAACUCAGCUCUCUACCUGGAGUCCAGGAAACCUUUAUGACAUACACAGUGUAUGACGACAUCCUGACCCUGAGUCUGGUCACAGAGGCUUGUUCACUGCUGGAUGUUCCCUCUGAGGUCCUGUUAAAGCUAUUUGGAGAACAUUUCUUUGUUUUCUGUAAAAACGCUGGCUAUGACACCAUGCUGCAGACACUGGGAGGAAAUCUGGUGGAGUUCAUAGAAAAUCUGGACGCACUGCACAGUUACCUGGCUUUGUCUUAUCAGGAAAUGAAUGCACCGUCAUUCAGAGUGGAGAUGACGGAUGAUGGGAAGAUGCUUCUGCACUAUUACUCUGACAGGAAGGGUCUGCACCACAUAGUACCAGGCAUUAUGGAGGCAGUUGGUAGAGACCUGUUUCACAGCACAGUGACCCUGGUGGUGCUGAACCAGUCAGAAGAAGACGAACGAACUGGGAAGAAGGAGCACGUUGUGUUUUUGGUCAAACAGACCAAACAAACGUCUGAGAGCACAGAGCAGAGAGGAGACUCUGAACACAAACAGGAGGAGUUUUUCAGAAUAAUGAAGGACAAAUGUGCAUCUCUGACUGGGAAAAUGAGGGGCUGGGAUCUGCUCAGAGCAAUUGUUUCCACAGCAAAUGGCUCCAGUCUCCAGUGCACAUUCACUCCAUAUUACCCAGAGAAGCUGUGGAUGGAGGAGAAGGCUUUCUGUAACGCCUUUCCCUUCCACAUCAUCUUUGAUGAAAAUCUGAAGGUGAAACAGACAGGAGUGAACAUUCAGAAGUUUGUUCCAGAUCUGCAGAAGACAGAUGCUACGCUGGACAAAUUCUUCUUGAUUGUCCAUCCGCAGGUAACUUUUACCAUCGAGAGCAUUAGGAAGUUCAUCAACAGCCAAUUUGUCCUAAAAAACUGCAAGGACAAGCACUCCACACUCAAGCUAAGAGGUCAGAUGUUAUGGAUGGAUUCUCUCGGCUGCAUGCUUUACCUGUGUUCUCCAAAGCUGAGAAACCUUCAAGAGCUUCAGGAUGUGGGUCUUCACCUGGCUGACCUGGCCCAGCACGAUGUCACCAGAGACCUGGUCCUUCUCAACCAGCAACGGCUAGCUGAGAUGGAGCUGACCAACCAGCUGGAGAGGAAAAAGGAGGAGCUGAGAGUUCUGUCACGCCACCUGGAGGCAGAAAAAGAGAAGACUGAGGCACUGCUAUACGCCAUGCUUCCCCGCCACGUGGCCAAUCAACUCAAAGAUGGCCAGAGUGUGGAAGCAGGGGAGUUUGAGGUUUGCACUAUUUUAUUCAGUGAUGUGGUGACCUUCACAAACAUCUGUGCCGCCUGUGAGCCCAUCCACAUCGUCCACAUGCUCAACUCCAUGUACUCCAGGUUUGACAGGCUCACCAGUGUCCACGAUGUCUACAAGGUUGAGACCAUCGGUGAUGCCUACAUGGUGGUAGGUGGAGUUCCAAUACCUACACAAAGCCACGCACGCAGGGUGGGAAAUUUUGCUUUGGGCAUGAGGAUCGCAGCCCGAGAGGUCACCAACCCUGUGACAGGAAGACCUAUACAGAUCCGCGUGGGCCUCCACACUGGGCCAGUCUUAGCUGGAGUCGUGGGUGAGAAAAUGCCUCGUUACUGUCUGUUUGGCGAUACAGUGAAUACGGCUUCUAGGAUGGAGAGUCAUGGCGUGCCGGAUCACAUUCACCUCAGUGCUUCCACCUACAGUGAACUGAAGGAUGCAGGCUUCAACAUCCAGGAGCGUGGACAAAUUAAAGUGAAGGGCAAAGGCCAGAUGACCACUUACUUCCUUUUGGAGAACCUGCUGCUAUCAGAGGAUAGCAUUAUGGGAAAAGACUGUGGUCAUGCCUGUAUUUAUGAGGAGGACAUGCAUGAUCAGUGCAACAGAGAUGCUAGCAGAGAGCCUGACAUCAGAAGUGUCCACUCAGCAGGCUCCGCCCACAUCCACAGAGUCACGCCAUUUGCCUGGGACAUCAGUGAUCCUUAUGAGACCAAGAAAAAGAACAGUUCACCUGAAAACACACACGACAGCAGACUCUGUCUCCUUCUCUAAAUCUCACAUGGCAAUCAACAUUGUGUUAGUCAUUUUUGAGCCUGGUAGUUGUGUUUUGGCGAAUGUUUAGAAAACCUAAAUUGAUAUUUUACAUUGUACAUUUAAUUAUCUUGUGACUUAUAGCUAAAUAUUAUACUAUUUGAUACAUUUUAAAAUAUUAACUUUUAUAUGUUAAUAUUCAAAUGCAUUUUUUUAACAAUUCAGGUUCAACUAUUUUAUUAUACUAGACAGAGGAUGGAUGGAUGAUGGAUGAUGGAUGAUGGAUGGAUAGAUGGAUGGAUGGAUAGAUGGAUGGAUGGAUGGAUGGAUGAUGGAUGGAUGGACUAACUGAUUGAUUCCAUGUAGUGACCAUGGUGCUGAGCUUCAUUUUUUAUUUGAAAUGUCAUUGCACCACCCUGUGGUAGUUACACUGAGCUACAUCAGAACGGUCGCAGGAGAAAUCAGCUUCCUCAUCCUUUAUUUGUUUAUUUAUUUUGUUAUUUAAUUAUUCAAAUCUAAUUGGCUAAUUCCGAUGCUGGUGUUUGUGUUCUCAGACUAACAAUAGAAGCCUCUUGGGAUUUCUGGCUACAGGGAGUUCUUAAUGUAUGUUGUUGUUGCAGUCACCCAUGGGCUUUAUAAGGAUAAUUAUAGUUCAUUGUCUAUGUAUGUGUUUGUGUGUGAUUAUGUGUGUGUCCCACACUCACACACUCCUUCAGCUGAGCGGCCCUGCUGACAGAGAUGAGGUGGGAGCUGACUGAGCUGGAGUGCUGCUUUAUUGGUGUACAAUUUUAGAAAUGACUUAGAAUGGCGCAUAAGCACAUGAGUAAUGUGGGUCCCUGCACGGCCCCGCUCUCUCUCAAACACAGUGGUGUUGCUCAGCCAUUCUUGACUGACAUCGUAACUCAGAACGCUGAUACUAAACCUGACACCUAAUCCUAACUUUUGAUUAAGGUGUAACCUGGUAACCUGUUCAGUAAAGUACUUUCAUCUUUGGCCUAGUUUUUCAGAAACAGGAAGAAUAAGGUGAUUUGCUCAUUAGCCUAUAUGUGACUUCGUCUGUGGACUUAUCCUCAAGUGCAUGAAUAUUUGUGGUAUUAUUUCCAUAUGUAGGCUAAAACACAACUAUUAACUGUAACAGGGACAACUGUUGCUGCUAUUUUGAGCUGGUAGAAGUCAGUUCCCCGUAACAAAUCAUCAACAGUGUAACAACAUUUCACUUCCUUUCUAAUGAGUGUCUGAACUUUACACACAUUUUUACAUUAAGUUCAAAACAAUUUGUUAAAGAAUGUGAUACUUUUAUUUAGAUACAUUUAGAUACAGACCCUAACCCAGAUAUGUGAUUGUCUUUAAAAAAUAAAAACAAUUAAGUCCAA